AUGGGGCCCCCGGGCAAUAGGGGAUCAUGGGGCCCCUGUGUCCUUGCCCAAACUUAAAAAAGCCUCAGUAUGUAUAAUGUUUUUAUAUGAAUACACAAAUGAAUGCCUUUCAUUUCUAUUUCAAGCUGAACUGGAUGUUUUACAUGGUGAGGGUUUACAUAUACUUUAAGGUCCAGGGGCGGACUGACGACCCAUGGGGCCCCCGGGCAAUAGGGGAUCAUGGGGCCCCUGUGUCCUUGCCCAAACUCACAAAAAGCCUAUGAAAAAGGUACCAGGGGCAUCUCAUGGGGCCCCCUACUGACCCCGGGCCCUCGGGCAGUGCCCGAGUUUCCAAAUGGUCAGUCCGCCCCUG